GUUAUUGGUACGGACAGCAGACAGAAAUUAUUUCUGCUGCUGUCACUAUGUAGAUUUUAUUAUCUGGUACUAAACCCGACUUUUAACACCACUGACGAUUAAUUGGUUUGCCUUUUCUCCGAAAAUUGGACAAUAAUCAACGAUCUCUACACACUUAAAAUAAUUACGGCACAGGGAAGAUAUACGCCUAAAACGCGAGUAACGAAUCAGUUCUUUUUGUCUCUCUCGAGCUUCUGUCGUGUGCUUGACACGUCAAAAGACAGUGUAGUACUAACAUGGCGUUCACUUUAUAUUCUCUGAUUCAAGCUUCUCUGUUAUGUAUUAAUGCUAUAGCUGUUCUCAAUGAAGAGAGGUUCCUAAACAGAAUUGGAUGGGGAGCAGAUCACAGUACUGGAGGAUUUGGAGAAGAACAAGGAAUUAAAUCUCAGCUUAUGAACCUUGUUAAAUCUGUGCGAACAGUUAUGAGAGUGCCAUUAAUAAUACUGAACUCUGUAACAAUUGUGCUGCUCAUCCUUUUUGGCUGAAGAACUAAAAGUAUGAUGAUAAUUUGGACUGAACUUGAGACCAACUGCAAUUAUUACCUUUUUUUAUAUUUUCUACUUCAGAUAUCAUCAACUGAGGACUUGUAGCCAUUUUCCUGGUAGACUUUGAAAUGCCUCUAUCAGUUGCACAUGGCUUUAUGAAAUUACUUGGAAUUGUACAUUUUUUUCUGUCUCUGUAUAGGAGACUGAAGUAUUGUACUUGAUUGCUGGUUUAAAAUGUGUAUCAUCUUUAUUGUAAAUGUAAUAAAUCACAAGUGAUAAGA